GACCGUUUGGCUAUACUAGUAGACCUUUUAUUUGGUGGCUUGCUCAUUCAUUUUAAUUUGCUGCGAUAAAUUUGAAAGUGAACAUGUCUGGCCCGGAUCUCCGUCUCAAUCACACUAUUUACAUCAACAACUUGAAUGAAAAAAUCAAAAAGGAUGAAUUGAAGAAAUCGCUUUAUGCGAUUUUCUCGCAGUUUGGACAAAUCCUGGACAUCCUUGUUUCUCGCAUAUUGAAGUUAAGAGGUCAGGCCUUCGUGAUCUUCAAAGAAGUCAACAGUGCAUCCAACGCUCUGAGAUCCAUGCAGGGCUUUCCGUUUUAUGAUAAGCCCAUGCGCAUUCAGUAUGCAAAGCAAGACUCUGACAUCAUUGCGAAGAUGAAGGGUACGUAUGUGGAACGGGAUCGUAAGAAGGAGAAGAAGAAGCCCAAGCCUGAAUCGGGAGCCUCAAAGAAGGCAGCUGCUGCGUCGGCUCUCGCUGCCAUGCCCGGCAUGCCUCCUAUGAGUCAGGCUCCUCGUAUGAUGCCGAUGCCGGGCCAGCCUCCUUACAUGCCGCCUCCAGGUAUGAUGCCGCCUCCUGGGAUGGCCCCUGGACAGAUGCCACCAGGUGCCAUGCCUCCUGGUGGCAUGAUGCCUGGUCAGAUGCCAGGCCAGAUGCCUCAGCAGGUCUCAGAGAACCCACCUAAUCACAUCCUGUUCCUCACCAACCUGCCAGAGGAGACCAACGAGCUCAUGCUGUCCAUGCUCUUCAACCAAUUUCCAGGUUUCAAAGAGGUGCGUCUCGUCCCCGGCCGGCACGACAUCGCCUUCGUGGAGUUCGACAACGAGGUGCAGGCUGGUGCAGCCAGGGAAGCGUUACAGGGCUUCAAGAUCACUCAGAACAACGCCAUGAAGAUCUCGUUCGCCAAGAAAUAACAAACUGCACUCCUACGUGGGGGGGGGGGGCAUCUUUUCAACCCUGUCGAUCAUUAAACGUGAGGGAGGCUGCAGAGCGUUCAGUGUGCGCCUGUGUUUAAGGUUAAAAGGUAAACGUACUCGAGCGAUACUAAAACCACAUGAUCUGUGAUUGGAUGAGUUUGUUUUUUAUACCAAUAUCACGACCGUUUAAUCCCUCCUCCAGCCGUUCUCCUGAAGUGGAGUUUGUAAGUAGAUUUUUUUAUGCCUGACUCUUGUGUUAUAAAGCAUUGCACCCAGAGUCUGUUCACCCAGACAUCGUACCUGGAGCUUUCCUUAUAAAAUAAAGGUGUUUUUUUUAUUGUA